AUCGCGCGCUGUGUCAGUUGGAGCUGCGCGAGCUGAGCGGGGCAGAGCUCUCAGCGCGAGGGCUGGACCUACGCCUCAGUCUCCUCAGUUAUGGACGGACUGGAACCGGAGGACUCGCGUUUCUUCUCCUCUAUUCUCCUCAAAACACACCUCACCUCCGUCUUUAGCUUCAGCGCGAGGGAUUAGAAGUUCAGAGCGCGGCGAUGGACAUAGUUAAAUGAGGAGGAGUGAUUUCUAAGCGAGGAAACGGGAGUUGUGAAAGUCUUGGAGCAGAAUGUAGACUGUUUUCUGUCAGAUCGGUUUACCAGAGCUUUAGAAUACAACCAACGAUAGAGGACGAUUCGCUCUUUCAACCUCUGUUCGCCCUUUUUAUUCUUCUUCUUCCUUUUUCUGGGGGAAUUUUCAAAUCUUGAACCGGUUUAAGUCUUUGCUACAUUUGCGAAAAGUGGAGCAGCUGUUUGUGUGUGACUGCUCUUGGGAUUUAAUGCUAUCUAAUUCGCUAACUAAUUCUCAAAGCCAAGUCUUUAUCCUCUGACUGGCUGGUGCAACACUUCUCCAUAAUAUAGUUAUGUUAGCUCAGGCUUUUUUUUUCUCAGCUCAGUGUGACAUUUAGUGCCAGUUAGUCACCGACCAGAGUGUAAGGCUUUGGCUCUUCGGGUUUGUUUCAAUCUCAGCAAUCUAUCACACCAGCCAUGGCUUUACCUGACAACUCCAGUGUUGUUCCUGAGGACCUUUCCUUCCCAGAGAUUAUUGAACUAAAUGUAGGGGGACAGGUGUACAUAACUCGCUACUCUACUCUUACAAGCGUGCCAGACUCCCUGUUGUGGGAGAUGUUCAGCCAGAAAAGCCAGAAAGGCUUGGCUAGAGACACCAAGGGACGUUUUUUCGUAGACAGAGAUGGCUUCCUCUUCCGCUACAUCCUGGACUACAUGCGAGACCAGCAGCUUGUCCUGCCUGACCAUUUCCCUGAACGUGGGAGACUACAGCGGGAAGCCGAGUACUUCAACCUUCCCGAACUGGUCAAGCUACUGGCCCCAAAGAUCAGCAAGCAGAACUCACUGGGCGAUGAGGGUUGCCAAAGUGAUCCAGAGGAGUCGUCACCUAGUGCAGAUACUGCCCGCAACCUGGUUUCCUUGGGGGCGGCUGCGGCCGCCUGUUCCAGUCUCGUGUCCGGUGGCGAUGGUAAGCGUUCGGGCUUCAUUACCAUCGGAUACCGAGGCUCCUACACGUUGGGCCGCGACAGCCAAACAGACGCCAAGUUUCGGCGAGUGGCUCGGAUUAUGGUGUGUGGAAAGACCUCCCUGGCCAAAGAGGUUUUUGGGGAGACUCUGAACGAAAGCAGGGAUCCUGACCGGCCCCCGGAGCGCUACACCUCCCGUUACUACCUGAAGUUUACUUUCCUCGAGCAGGCCUUCGACAAGCUGGCUGAUGCCGGCUUCCACAUGGUGGCCUGCAACUCGACGGGGACCUGCGCCUUCGCUCACGACCAGACAGACGACAAGAUUUGGACCAGCUACACUGAAUAUGUGUUCUACCGAGACAAAGCUCCAUCUCCAUCGCAAAUUUGCUACGAACCUGAAGUUGUACUACCUGAAGUUGUAGACGAGCCAGAAGAGCAGCCUGUUCAGAAACAGUGCAACGAAAGCAUCGAUACUGACCCAGACUUGCAAGACGUGCCUCCAGUGGAUCCUGUACCCCCCCUGUCACCCCACGACAGCCCUGAUUUGCCCCUUCCUCCACCUCCACCUCCUAUUUUUGAACCCUGCACGCCACCUCCCAACCCUCGCCCCAUGAUCCCCAUAAAUCCCCCUCUGAGCCCCCCUCCAGUACCCACCACCAGCCCUGCGAGACCCACUACCCUCGCGCUGAAGACCCUGCCUCGCUCAAUUGCCACAAAGGAGAACGGUGGACCACUGGUUCGAGAUGCAGAAGAAGACGAGAAGAAGAUGAUGGAGGAGGAACUGAAGAAAUGCAUAGAGGACUUCCACAAGAUCCGAAUCCCAAAGCUUUUUCCUGACCGCAAGAGGCACUGGCAGAAUGACCUCUUGAAGAAGUACAAUGCCUGAAUUUCUUGCCUCAGAGGCAACUAGACAGAGCAACCAGGCAGUAAUACCACAGAGACGUCCUGCAGUGCAAACCCAAUGUCAGAUGCUGUUGGAUGUUGUCUUUCACAAAGCAGAAACCACUCUCUUGCCAUCAUAGACAGACUGUGUAUGCAUUAUUUGGGUCGCAGAAGCUUGACAUCAUGCACUCAUCAAUAAAAAAUAGUUGCACCCAGAGGGAAAUUUUCAAUGGUGGAUAAAUCUGGCUGGAGAGAUGAGCAGGAGUAUAGGGACGAGUAUUGUCCUGCUGGAACUUAAAACCAACCAAAGGUGAUUGACAAGAAACAAGAAAAUUAAUCGUGGCACAGACCACAUUGCCUCCACACACUGAUUCCUUGGUCACCAAGACAAAAACAGGAUAGCAGCUACAGGGGUUGGACAACGUAACUGAAACACCUGUUUUUAGACCACAAUAAUUUAUUGUGGUGACGUAUAGUUCUGCUUUUUGGAUACAAUCCAGGUUAGCACCCGAACAUCCCUUUCAGACAGCUUCCUCUUACAGCGUCCACAGUUAAUCCUGUUGGAUGUGGUUGGUCCUUCUUGGUGGUAUGCUGACAUUACCCUGGAUACCGUGGCUCUUGAUGCAUCACAAAGACUUGCUGUCUUGGUCACAGAUGCUCCAGCAAGACGUGCACCAACAAUUUGUCCUCUUUUGAACUCUGGUAUGUCACACAUAAUGUUGUGUGCAUUGCAAUAUUUAGAGCAGAACUGUGCUCUUACCCUGCUAACUGAACCUAACACACUCUGCUCUUACUCGUGCAAUGUGCAAUUAAUAAAGAUUGGCCACCAGGCUGCUCCAAUUUAGCCAUGAAACCUCCCACACUAAAAUGACAGGUGUUUCAGUUUCAUUGUCCAACCCCUGUAGUUAUAUAUCAUCCUUCCAGCAUUGCAAUCUUUCUUACUCCAACUUUCUUCUGGCUGCAUCUAUUUUUUGACGAUGGGUGUAUCUUUGUGUAUUUUUUACAUUCUAUCCUGGUGAUGCCUUUUAUCAGUUUCUCACAAAAACCAGACCAAGAUCAGAACCAUCCUUGAAAACAACAACCAAAACAAUGGACACAAGUAGCGAACGCAAUCAAACAAGGAUUGUAGAGAACUAAAGGUAGUCAGUCAGUUGCUUGUUUGAGUUGGUUGUUGCCCACAGGGUCUGUUUUUUAAGGCGUUUUUUUGGUGAUAACUUGGGUUUCCAGAUCUUUAACGGUCUUGAUUUCUUUUUUAAAUGAUGCUGGUAGUUAAAGACUUUCAUUUCUUCUCUUCUUUCACAAGGAGGUUGUGGGUAUUGAGGUGGGAGGGGCUGGGAGAGAUGAAUGACAUUGUGCUGAUUGUGCUCUAUUCUGUCUGACAUUCGCUUGAUUGCAAAUCACAGCCGACAGCCGAGUAGAUGGUAGUAUGACUGCAAUGAAGCUAAAUAAAGCGAACAUAUUUAAAGUGCUAUUAAAUGUCUGCAUGUACAUAGAACUGAUUAAAUUUGCCGUGUGAACAUUA